CUUCAGGUGAGAUAUCUGCAUUAUUAUCAGGAUUACAAGAAGAAACAACUUCAGGUGAAAUAUCUGCAUUAUUAUCAGUAUUUCACAUUUCUCAAAUUCAUAUUUUUGUGACAUCACUUCUAUUAUUAAAUGAUAUCUGCCUUUUAUAGACUCUGGAAGAACCUUAAAAUGGCUUUAAAAAGAGAAAGCAGAGAUCAGAAGAGAGCGAUUUACUAUUGGUGGUGGACCACCAAAACAAGACUGAUGAAUUGAGUGACUUCCUGUCUGGAAUAAUAGAGCAGCAGCAACCUCUGGAUGGUAUACCAGACGAUGACCAACCUCUGGAUGGUAUACCAGACGAUGACCAACCUCUGGAUGGUAUACCAGACGAUGACCAACCUCUGGAUGGUAUACCAAACGAUGACCAUUUGGACAGUUCAGAUGAAGAACUGAGCACAAAUGGUAUAUAUACCAAAGACAGUAAAUUGGUUACUUCCUUUGGUAAAUAUAUUCCACUGUCUGUGUCAAUCUUUAUUCUUCUUCAUUCUAAGGACCAUAUGAGUUUAUUUGUGCUUCUAACCGUGUUCUUUUUCCAGAGGAAAGGAAUGUGAACAGGUUGGAAGAGCCAGUACACAGUGAGGGUGGAAUGUGAACAGGUUGGAAGAGCCAGUACACAGUGAGGGUGUAAUGUGAACAGGUUGGAAGAGCCAGUACACAGUGAGUGUGUUCCCUCCACAUCUGCUAUAACAUCCCUGAGAGAAGAUGCUGCCACCACCUUUCAGCAGAGAACAAAGAAGAUGACCAUGCAUGAAACGUUAACCAGAGAAUUUCAUGAGCAUAAAAUGAAAUAUCUGAAGGAAGAACAUGAAAUGAGAAUUCUACAGGUUGAAUUGGAUAUGAAGUUGGAAGAGCGAGGUAUGAUCCAAGACAAUUGUGAUUACCAGCCAUGGUGAACAAUAUGAUAUGUCAAAAAUGAAUGUUUUGUCAUUUGGAUAUUCAUGAGAGCGAGUAUUUUAAUCACCACAAACUACAUUUUAAACCAGCCUUGGUUUAGUAACUCAUUUCAUUUUGCUGCACACCAUUUGAAUUUUGUACCGAACAAACAUUAUCAAAGCAAAAAUAAGCCAUAAUGAACACAUUCCAUAUUUAAAUGAAUCUCAUCUAGUUGAAAUGCUGCAAUGUGAAGCAACUCCGUGUGCAAGUCCUCGUUGGUCAUUGCCUGCCUCAUUCAUGGACACAUCUGCCUCAGCCACGGACACAUCUGCCUCAGCCACGGACACAUCUGCCUCAGCCACGGACACAUCUGCCUCAGCCACGGACACGUCUGCCUCAGCCACGGACACAUCUGCCUCAGCCACGGACACGUCUGCCUCAGCCACGGACACGUCUGCCUCAGCCACGGACACGUCUGCCUCAGCCACGGACACGUCUGCCUCAGCCACGGACACGUCUGCCUCAGCCACGGACACGUCUGCCUCAGCCACAUCUGCCUCAGCCACGGACACAUCUGCCUCAGUCAUGGACACGUCUGCCUCAGCCACGGACACAUCUACCUCAGUCAUGGACACGUCUGCCUCAGCCACGGACACGUCUGCCUCAGCCACGUCUGCCUCAGCCACAUCUGCCUCAGCCACGGCUACGUCAGCCUCAGCCACAUCUGCCUCAGCCACGGCUACAUCUGCCUCAGCCAUGAGCACAUCUGCCUCAGCCACGGACACAUCUACCUCAGUCAUGGACACAUCUGCCUCAGCCAUGGGGGCAGUCAAGAAAUGGAACAGCAAGGCCACAGAACAGGACAUAAGCAGAGCUGUGGGAGACCACCUCAAGCCCCUGGUAGAGCCGGGGGUGGUGUUUACCACUCCACCACCCCUUCAGCAGGCAUGAAAAGUGAUAGUUUUUCAUACUAAGAUUGACCAAGAAAUGUGUUGCUUUUGCACAUAUUUGUUCAUUGGUUUUGCAAGAGUCUUGUUUGGUCAGUCAUUGGGUUCAUUUGUUUUACAAUAUGUUCAAAUCAAAUCAAGCUU